GGCGGUUAAUGGCGUCGCCGCGAGCAGACGAAAGACAAAGCACGACGGCGAAGUGGUAAACUCGCUCUAAAAGACAACAUGAACAUGUCAAGAAAGGAACUUUGUCGAGCAAAAGAGGAGAACGAUCGACAACGGCCACAAUGGGACACAGUUUCCUCCACUCAAAUUGUCCAAGACGUCCAGCAGCUGAUUGGGCACCGAGAAGAAUCUACGCCCCCUCAUGUUAAAGAGGAAGCACAGGAUCAUCUGCCAUGCCGCAUUAAGCAGGAAGACGAUGAGAGCAAUGUCACCAACUUGCCUCUGACUGUCGUCGUCGUGAAGAGCGAAGAUGAGUUGUCGCAGCUUAAUUGCAGCAUCUCACCGCACCAACACAACACAACAGAAGAGCUUCCCCCUCAGCCGCAGUGUUGCGCCUCCAUUUUGGUGCAGGAGGAGCAGCAGAAGGAUCCACAGCCGUCCCACUUGAAGGAAGAAGAGGAGGAGGCUGAGGUCAGCAAGUUGCCAAUGACUGGUGUCUCUAUCAAAAUUGAAGCUGACGAAGACGGACCACUCGAGUGGUCACAGCUUCGUCACAGUCCAAAUGGAGACCACAGUAGGGGAGCACCACCAGACAACCUCUUAGCUCCACUGUCAGACACUGAUGACAUGGAAGACCCUUUGAGAAGUGACAUAGAAUGUGAAAGUGACGAUAAACAGUCAAAAUGCUCUGAAACUGAGUCAACUCUUGCCAACAAGAAAACUUCACAAAUGCGUACAAAAACUGUCACCUGCUCUGUUUGUGGUAAAACCUUUGCUACAAAACAGACUUUGAUAACACACAUGAGAACACACACAGGAGGAAAACCCUAUAGUUGCUCACAUUGUGGUAAAGAAUUUUCACAAAGGGGAUCAAUGCUAGAACACGUGAGAAUCCACACAGGAGAAAAGCCGUUUAGGUGCUCAGUUUGCAGUAAAACAUUCUCUCAAAAAGGAAGUAUGCAAGCGCACAUGAGGAUGCAUACAGGAGAAAAACCCUUUAGUUGCUCACAUUGUGGUAAGACAUUCUCUCAAAAGCCAUAUAUGGUAUUACACAUGAGAAUACACACGGGAGAAAAACCCUUUAGUUGCUCAGUUUGUGGUAAAACAUUUUCUCAAAAAGGAAGUAUGCACUCACACUUUAGAAAACACACAGGAGAAAAACCUUAUAGUUGCUCAACUUGUGGCCGAACUUUCUCUCAUAGGGCUGCUAUGGCAACACACAUGAGAAGACACACGGGAGAAAAACCGUAUAAUUGCUCAACGUGUGGUAAAAUCUUUUCUCAAAAGCCACAUCUGAUCUCACACAUGAGAACGCACACGGGAGAAAAACCCUAUAGUUGCUCAACUUGUGGUAAACUCUUCUCUCAAAAGCCACAUCUGGCAACACACAUGAGAACACACACAGGAGAAAAACUCUUUCGUUGCUCAGUUUGCAGUAAAUCAUUCUCUCAUAAAGGAAGUAUGCAAUCGCACAUGAGUAAACACACAGGAGAAAAACUCCAUCGCUGCUCAACUUGUGGUAAAACAUUCUCUCAAAUGGAACAUGUGGUGACGCACAUGAGCACACACACAGGAAUACCCUUCAGUUGCCCAGUGUGUGGCGAAAGCUAUGCUCAUAGGGGCAGUUUGGCUGAACACAUGCGGAAACACAACACGGAGACCGAAUGAGUGGGUUAGUUCUCAAGGCUUUGACUAAAAAGUUGAGUGGCCAAGUGGGUCAUCCAUGUGAUUUGACUGAAGAUGAAUAAAUGGAAUAUUCUUCGAUUCAGUUUGUUCUUAAUGUGUAAUGUCAUGUAUUAAUGGUAGAAAAGGAUUUGAGCAUGCAUCACCAUAAGCCAUUUCUUAUGUAUUUGUACUUAGCUACAAAGAUGAUGUGGAUUCUGACCACGUUGCAGCUCUUCUUCCUCUGCUCUUGCUCUUGGGUGUUGUGAAUGUGUUGUUAGGAUUCCCACAAAGUUUCCAGGCAGGACACGACCUUCUUCAGUAUUACUGGUUCACGGAGACGCGUCGCUGCUCAAUGACUUUGACUGUUGUAUCCCCCCCACCCCCCACCCCGUGUAACACGCGCUAUUGCUUCCAGGUGGGAAAAGAAGUAUGUGACUAAAGUGUGGCGGCAUUCGCGUUUCCCACUAACCCUAACCCACCCUCUCAUCGUAACCUUAACCCAUUUCCUACUUCGUGGCGAGUGUUGGAGAGCAACCAAU